CAUCGCUUCCCUACGCUUUGCUAAGGGGUGAUGGCCAAAUUUAUGUUUAUCAUCGAAGGAAUGAGCGAUACACCGAGGCCUAUAGUUUGGAGCGGGAUCGAUUUUGGAGGUAGAGGGUCUGUCAUGGUCUGGGGCGGUGUGUCACAGCGUCAUCGGACUGAGCUUGUUGUCAUUGCAGGCAAUCUCAAUGCUGUGCAUUUCAGGGAAGACAUCCUCCUCCCUCAUGUGGUACCCUUCCUGCAGGCUCAUCCUGACAUGACCCUCCAGCAUGACAAUGCCACCAGCCAUACUGCUCGUCCUGUGCGUGAUUUCCUGCAAGACCGGAAUGUCAGUGUUGUGCCAGCGAAGAGCCCGGAUCUCAAUCCUGUUGAACACGUCUGGGACCUGUUGGAUCGGAGAGUGAGGGCUAGGGCCAUUCCCCCCAGAAAUGUCCAGGAACUUGCAGGAAAAGUGGGUAAACAUCUCACAGCAAGAACUGGCAAAUCUGGUGCAGUCCAUGAGGAGGAGAUGCACUGCAGUACUUAAUGCAGCUGGUGGCCACACCAGAUACUGACUGUUACUUUUGAUUUUGACCCCCCCCCCUCCUUUUGUUCAGUUCAGUUGUGACUUCGGGAUCGUGCUUGUGUUCCAGUGGAUGAGAUGACUGUGGUGGUGACCUCCAGAGCUUCGAGAGUGACCCAGUGAUGGCUCGUCCUGCCCCUGCUCCCCUGUACACCCUGAGGGGGGCUGGAUCCCCCCUUAAUGCCUUGCACUUCGGCUGCUGUGAAGGGGACCCUCCCCUGCUCUUUUCUGGCUCAGGCCAGGGGUCAGUCCAUGUGUGGAACCUGACCACCAGAAGAGCUGAGAGGGUUCUAGAAGGUCAUUCUGGAGCCUCUGUCACCUGGCUCAACAUGCUCCACUCCAGAGACACUCUCAUCAGUCAGGGGCGCGACAUGCGUGUGUGCUUGUGGGACCUGGCAGAGGGGCGCGGUGAUGUCACGGACGCCCUGUGGACCGGCAGUGUGGGGUUCUGUCGCUGUUCCCUGCUAGAGACUGGCCCUGGGAGAUGGCUACUGGCCCACGCUGGAGAAGCCAUGGAGGAGGUGAAGAUCAUUGAGCUGCCCAGCAAGAGCCCAGUUUGCUCCCUGAUACCACAAGCCAAGCUGGGGAUGGUCAUGUGCAUCAAUCUAUGGCAGCCAGACUCAAGCCCUGGCCCUCUCCUCCUGGCUGGUUAUGAGGACGGCUCCCUGGCGCUGUGGGACGUAUCCCAGAGGUCCGUGCUGAGCCGUGAGGCCGCCCACCCUGAGCCCGUCAUGUGUCUGGACUUUGACCCCGCCGUGCAGAGGGGCAUCUCUGGCUCCUCCGAGAAGAGUCUCGCCUCCUGGAAGCUUGACGGACAGCACAGACUCCAGCUCCAGGAACCCGUAGCCCUUGUGAAUCCUGGGAUCUCCCAGCUGUGCAUCCGGGGGGACCGGAAGAUCGUGGCGUCGGCCGGCUGGGACCAUCGUGUCCGUGUGUUUGGCUGGAAGAAGCUCCGGCCCCUGGCUGUCCUCCAGCACCACACAGACAUGGUGCUGAGCCUGGCCUUCUCAGACCACCAGGACCCCAGGAACAGGAUGCUGGCCGCGGGCUCCAAAGACCAGCGCAUCAGCCUCUGGUCCAUAUACAACCAGGGCAGCUCGGACACUGGGUGAGCUACUGGGCCCUGUUGGUAUGUUAUAGGGAGUCUUCUCGCCAGUGAUUAUACCAACUCUUUUACGCUCCUUUUACUAUCCCAGGACUAUCUGAAUAUACUGACUAGAGCUGGACUAUGUGAACUACUGGGUAGGAACUUCUGUCUCAGACUGUGAAGACAUUUCCGACAUAGCCAAGAUGGAUCAGGUCAGGAUGAGAUGUCUUUGUGCUUCCAAACAAAAGCUGUCAUGACGGCUGGUUAGUUCUGCUAACAAUUCACUGAGACUUAAUUUGAACACAUUAUUUUUGGUCAAAACCAACUGUUUUAUUGUGUUUGCUUAUCUGGUAGGAGAUUUGCCUGAGCGGACUUGAAUUUGAGGUAUAAGUCACGCCUGAGUGACUGUGUAAUCCUGUGUUGUUGAUCUAGUUUAACAUUGCCCUCUGCUCUGACCUACACUGCAUCAGUCAAACAGGGUUAACCACAGAACUUGGACAGAAGAGACAAAGCUGUUUGUUAAGGAGGGCCACUGAACAAUCUUCUCUCAACUAGAGAGGCUGUCUGUACGGAUUUGGACUUAAGAGGUUACUUGUAUUUUCAGUUUGGUCUUAAAUGUAUUUAUGUUUGUCAUUGUGAGUACAAUAUGUUGCCCCUGUGCAUUGUGGGAAAAAUGUGUCAAAUUCAAACUGUGAUUGGAUGCAUUUAAGGUUUGUGAAUUACACCCCAAGUCCACCAAAUGUAAAUAGUAUAUGCUGUGCUUUUUAACUUUUUUAUUUCCUGGUAAUAAAUAUGUUUUUCUGUACAUCCA